AGGCUGCGAUCCUAGGCACGCUUCCUUCAGAGUAAGCCCGAUCGGCGCUUCCUCCGAAGUAAACCUGCCCAGGGCUCCAGCUGUAAACGCGAUGGAUAGAGAGAGACAGGUCUCUUUGGGAGAAGUUGCGCAUGCGCCGGAUCCGAUAAGGGGACUGCUAACACGCAGGCGCGGCAUUCAGAGUCCGCCCUCGCCGAGUCGACCGAAAGCGGAGACGUCGCUUUCUCGUUUACGACAGAGAUGCGCGCCGCGCGUGCGCAGAGGCGUUGGCCGUCGUUCAGUUUCCGUGGAGAUGUCCGGCGGGCGGGUGAAGCGCGAGCGGGAUUCCCGCCCGCCCUCCUCCUCUUCCUCGCGGAGCUCGGUCGCCAGCCGAAUCAAGCAAGAGCCCGGCGAGGAGAGAGGCGCCGCCACCACCCGGGGAUCCAGGGGCCGGGCGGCCUCGGCAGCAGCGGCGGCGGCGGCGGUCCCGGUGCGGGUGAAGCGGGAGCCCGACGAGGAGCCCCGAAUAAAACGGGAGCCCGACGAGGAGGUGGAGGACGACGACGACGAGGAGCCCACGGUGAAGUAUGGCCGAUUUGACCCAGAGGACCGGCGGAGCAGGCACUGCCCAUACUUGGACACGAUCAACAAGAGUGUCCUGGACUUCGACUUUGAGAAGCUGUGCUCGAUCUCGCUCUCGCAUAUCAAUGUCUACGCUUGUUUGGUGUGUGGGAAGUAUUUCCAGGGUCGGGGCUUGAAGUCCCAUGCGUACAUUCACAGUGUCCAGUUCAGCCAUCACGUCUUCCUCAACCUUCACACCCUGAAGUUCUACUGUCUGCCAGACAACUAUGAAAUCAUUGACUCUUCCCUUGAGGAUAUCACUUAUGUUCUGAAGCCCACCUUCACUAAGCAGCACAUCACCAACUUGGACAAGCAGGCCAAGCUGUCUCGUGCCUAUGAUGGCACCACGUACCUGCCUGGCAUUGUUGGACUCAACAACAUCAAAGCGAAUGACUACGCGAAUGCAGUACUCCAGGCACUGUCUAAUGUCCCGCCCCUGCGGAAUUAUUUCCUGGAAGAGGAAAACUACAAGACCAUCAAGCGCCCUCCGGGGGACAUCAUGUUUCUGCUGGUUCAGAGGUUCGGGGAGCUCAUGAGGAAGCUGUGGAAUCCCCGGAAUUUCAAAGCUCACGUUUCUCCCCACGAAAUGCUGCAGGCGGUGGUCCUUUGCAGCAAGAAGAAUUUCCAGAUCACCAAGCAAGGUGAUGGGGUUGACUUUCUUUCCUGGUUCUUGAAUGCCUUGCAUUUGGCCCUGGGUGGCACCAAGAAGAAGAAGAAAACCAUCGUGACGGACGUCUUCCAAGGCUCCAUGCGGAUAUUCACCAAGAAACUGCCACACCCUGACCUGCCAGCAGAGGAGAAGGAGCAGCUGCUCCAGAAUGAUGAGUACCAGGAGAAAAUGGUGGAGUCAACCUUCAUGUACCUGACCCUGGACCUGCCCACGGCCCCCCUGUACAAGGACGAGAAGGAGCAGCUCAUCAUCCCCCAGGUGCCGCUCUUCAACAUCCUGGCCAAGUUCAACGGGAUCACCGAGAAGGAGUAUAAAACCUACAAGGAGAACUUCCUCAAGCGCUUCCAGCUCACGAAGCUGCCUCCUUACCUGAUCUUCUGCAUCAAGAGGUUCACCAAGAACAACUUCUUUGUGGAGAAGAACCCCACCAUUGUCAACUUCCCCAUCACGAAUGUGGAUCUCCGGGAAUACUUGUCUGAGGAAGUUCAAGCUGUGCAUAAGAACACCACCUAUGACCUCAUUGCGAACAUAGUGCAUGAUGGGAAACCGGCAGAAGGGGCCUACAGGAUUCACGUCUUGCAUCAUGGCACAGGCAAGUGGUAUGAGCUCCAAGAUCUGCAAGUGACGGACAUCCUCCCGCAAAUGAUCACACUCUCGGAGGCCUACAUCCAGAUCUGGAAGAGACGGGACAACGAAGAAGAGACCAACCAGCAAGGGGCUUGAAAGGCCAGUGGGAGCCUCACGAGGAGAAGCGAGCAAGCAGCUGCGAUCCCCCGCUCCUCUGCAGACAGGGAAGUCCAAGCAGGAGGCCUUGAAGUCCAGCUCAUGCUGCUUGAGAAGCCUCUCUCUGCUGACUCUCUCCCUCCCCAGCAGUGCAGCUGGACAAGCAGGGGUUCCUUGCUGCCCCUUUCGACUGGGCCAUCCUUCUGCUGGGAUGGAAGGGCAGGAGUGUCUCUCUGAGACCUUUGUGGGCAUAGCUCACCCCCUGCAUUUCUCCCAUCUGACAGGCUUAGCUGGGGAAUAAGCCAGUUUAAGUAACUUCUUGGAUGGAGAGUGAUUUGAGGAGGUCUUUCCCAUGUGCUGUGUUGGACACUUCUGCUUUCAGGUCGGUGUGCAUUAAAUGUGUACUUGUUUUUUA